AUGGUCGCCGAAACGGAGAUAGAAGAGGCCCAGCCUCGUGGGAGUCUUGAAUUUGUAGAAACUUCUGUUUUGGAUACAAUUAUACCUUUGGCCAGCAACCUCGAUAUUGAAGAGGCAUUGAGUGGCUCCGUGGAACGACUGGACGAAGGAAACGAGUCUCCCUUAGCUACCAUUCCGCAAAGACAGGCCUUGUUCUUUGAUGAGACUGUCAACGUAUAUGUUGUUUUACAAACCCCCUACUUCGAUGAAAGAGCCCUACGAUCAUACCUUGAGCGUCUAAUGAUCAAUCUCGAAGCAACUGUCGUCAACACACAACAAGAAAAUUACGGCGGACCUCCAGCCCAAGAAGUGAUAUACAGUGGCUCCGUUCAAGACAGUGAGGAUCCAUUAAUUGUAGUCCAAGGUCCUGACGAGUCUGAAGGAAGUUCUGGGGCCGGGCAUAUACUGGUUGUGUGGAAGAUAUCUACCUUCCUUCUCCGACCUCGACUUCGUCUCCAGAAUCCUUCCGUGGUGUUUUCUGCUACAGCAAAUUUGAAAGCCCCGGAGCAAAUACAAGAGCAUGCGAUAACGGAGGAAUAUCUGCCUAGUCAGGUGCCUUCCGGCAUCAACUUACUGGAGGCUUUUGGUGAUGAUCCAGCACUGGGAGGAAUCAAGCCUAGGCUAUCUGCUUUGAGAGUCUCCCAAGUAAAACCUCUUUCCCAAGCGGCCAGAGAGUUGAUGCGGCCGUUGAAGAAUAUCUCUCGUCAAUCAGUCAAGGUUUAUCCAGCACUAAAUGCUCGUGUGCGCUACUCUAGACCAAACACAACGACCGCAAAUAUGGCAGUUGUUGCUUCUCUGGAUAUCGAUAUCACUCCAUUCGCCAACUGCAAGGUUACACUAGAUAAAGUUGGUCUUUCUAUUCAUGGGGGCAAUGUUGAGGAUCUGAAUGACAUCCCAGGCAUGAAACUUCCUAUCAAAUGUCUUCCACAGGAUGAUGUUACUUUCAUAUAUCGGCUGCUACCGGAUGACAUGGACGCCACAAAUAGAUCUCAGAUUCGAACACUCGAUAUCUCCAUAGCAGCUACAGCGAACCUGUCUGACGUGUGCGAACCAAAAAUAGCAAUGCAAUGGACAACGUCUCUUGACUUUACACCACCUGUAAAUCCUGGUUUCGGCAAUCCAACCCAGCCGAUACAACGGCCGCAUCGACCAUCCCAACUCUCGAUCGGAUCCUCGAUUGAAACGGUCCCAACUGUGGCAUCUCUUGCUAUUACUCGACCAGACGCUCUCCCAUCAGUGGAUGUGACAACCCGUCAACAACGAAACUCGUCUAUCCCGGAUUUCGGCGUUACUGUAACAUUCUCGGGGCCUCCUCCAGAAAAGCCCAUAUACCCAGGGAUCCCUUUCACUUGGUCGGUAUUCAUAGUCAACCGCUCGGACAGACCUCGAAAACUAGCGCUUAUGGUACUUCCUAAGAGACGUCGAAUUGAAACGCGGAUGAUGCGACCACCUUCGACUAGCCACAAGAAAGAUCCCAAGGUCGCUGACGCAGUUGUCGACGAUAACAUUGUGCAUGCUAUGCAAAGGAAUUCAGCUAUUGAGCCUACGGAUAUAGUGAGCCUAAGCACGGAUACCCGAGUCGGUCCCCUGGCGCCGAGUGCUUGUUAUGAGGUCGAGUUGAAGUUCAUGGCUCUCAAGGUGGGCAUUGUAGAGGUUGAGGCGGUGCGGGUUGUGGAUUUGGGGACGCAGGAGCAUGUUGAUAUCAAAGACCUGCCGAGCAUUAUUGUGUCACCGCUUGAGCCUUAG